AUGAACGGAGACGAUAAGAUACGGAAACAAGUUAGUGCUGCGUUUCAAUUACGAGCGCUUUCUUUGAAAAGGGAUGCGUUGAAUUAUGCGGUGGAUCUUCUUUCUGAGUUCGAUAAUUCUCAACGGGCAACAUGGAUUGAAAAAAUAAUAGCGGCUCUUGCAAAGCAAAACGUGGAUAGCCCUCUUAUUGACCUGAAAUCCUUUGAAGCAGCUGUUAGCAUAUGCGCCAAUAAGAAGUCUGGUGAAAGUAAAUCGAUAUUCCACUUAAUUGACGUGUUUUCUGCUCCUAAAAUCAAGUUUGAUGGAAAUGCCGGUAAAGUUAUAGCGGCAGUUGAGGACGGUUCAAUCAUUGGGAAAAGCAAUCAUGUCGUCGAUAUGCUAAGGAAUAGGUUGAGCCUCGUUCUGCAGCGGUCUUCACGCAGUUCAGCAUUUGAACAUUUUCGUUUGAGCUCCGUGGAGGAUUUGCUUGGCAUUGCUCGAAAUGCCAACGAUGUCGUAAUUUUGGGAAUGCUUUCUCAGAGAGAUGCGGAAAGAUAUCAAAUUGAAGAUCUUACAGGUUGUAUUCCUGUAGAUCUUUCAAAUGCAACUUUUCAUUCCGGCUUAUUUACUGAUGGAUGUAUCAUGCUUGUUGAGGGGGAUUUUUGCAACAACACACUGGAAGCCUCUGGUGUGGGUCUUGCGCCGAUUGAAAGCGCUUCUGCAACUCGAUCUCAUUUUGGUAACGAAAAUUGGUUUGGCGGUGAAAGCCCAAUAGCGUAUCCAACCAUACCUCGUUUGCAAAAAAUUAAUGCAAGUAAUCCUGAAGCACGUAUUAUAUUUGUUGCUGACGUUUGGCUGGAUGAUCCUAAGGUAGUGAACGGUAUUUACAGUAUGUUAGUUGGAUUUGCUGAAAUGCCACCUAUAGCAUUCAUUUUCUGUGGGAAUUUUUGUUCUGUUUCUGGUACUCCUGAGGCCUAUCGAAAGCUAAGAGGUGUGUUGAGGAUACGUUUAUUUGUUAUCGCAGUUUUUACUUCGUCGAUGGAAGUUCGGGAAGCGAAAGAUUUCGCUUUUGAAUUUUCAGAUGGCUUUCGUAACCUCGCCAAGCUCAUUUCGCAAGUUUGUCAAGAGCAUGCGGAUCUGCAGAACUCAAAUUUUGUUUUCGUUCCUGGACCUGAGGACCCUUCUUUGCCUUCAAUUCUUCCAAGGCCACCUUUGCCGUAUUCUUUAUUUGAAGAACUAAAAGGAGUCCCUAAUCGUUCGUUUGCCUCUAAUCCUUGUCGGAUUCAGUAUGCUGAUCAAGAAAUCGUAGUUUUUCGGUACGACAUUGUUGAAAAAAUGUGCAGGAACAGUAUUCAUAUGCCGUCAAAAACUGCUGAUAUUGCAGAACAGCUUUGUAAAACCCUUGCCUCUGUCGGGCAUCUCUGUCCCUUACCACUUCAUAUCUCGCCAGUUUACUGGCAAAUGGAUCAUGCGUUAACACUGUAUCCGUUACCGAAUCUAGUAGUUGUCGCGGACCAGUUCCAACAGUUUGUGAUACCGCAGCAUGGGUGCAUCUUUGCGAACCCAAGCUCUUUCGCUCGAUCUCAGUUAGAUUUUAUUGUUUAUUAUCCUUCGAACAGUGAAGUGGAGCGUAGCAGUAUUAGUUUUUGA